AUGAUUUAAUCGAAAAUGAUAGAAACAGAAGAGGAACUACACUGUUCUUACAAACAUAAGCUUCCUGUCCUAAUUGAUUGCUUGUGAUGAAAAAUUAAAGAGGAACGAGAAACUGUUAUGCUCUAAAUGCAUGGAAAAUUUUGAAUCAAAAGCCCAAUUAAAGAGUUUUAAAAUAGUCUUAUAGAAUAUAUAGGAAAACCAAAAAUAAUAGAAAGAAAACAUUGAGCAUGCCAUAAUGAUAAGUAUCAACCUGAUUGAAGAACUCUAAAAUGCUCUGUUUUUAUUAAAAUCUAAAGUUGUUUAAUUAUUAGAUUAAAUAAUUGGAAAUGUAGAUGAAUGGAUUAAACAUAUAAUAAUAAUUGGGUAAUAAAAUGUUACUUAUAGUUUUUAUAAUGAAUUGGACAAUCUACUUACCUAAAAAGGAUUAGAUGAAUUCAGUUUGAAAUAACUAACGGCCCAAAUAAAUUAAAUUUAAUUAUCAUGGAGUCAAAAAGUUGAAACGAAACUAAAUUUAUUUAAGUCAUUUUCAGAAAGUUAAAAAUGUGAAGACAUUUUACAAAAAGUUAAGAAAUGUCAAUGAAACAAAAGAGAAUAACGGAAAAAAAAUAUUAAUUUAAGAAAAUUUAGAAAAUAAUAUUAUAUUUUAGAUAUAAAAGAAAAUGAUUUAAGUUGAAAAUGAAUAGAAGUAAUUAGAAUAAUAAUUGGAGAUGUCUAAAUAAGUUGAAUUUAACUUAAUUGAUGAAUCAAAUUAAUAGAAUAAUUGGUGUUAUGCAAUAGUGUUCAACAAAGAUGGAUCAAUCAUGAUUUCAUGUGACUCUCAAAAGAUUAAAAUAUGGAAUUUUGAAAAAGGAAGAUUUAAAUUAGUAAUAAACAUAGCAAACCUGUUUAUUGUUUAGUUUAUAGCAAAAAAUCAAAUAACUUUAUUUCUGGUUGUAGUUAUCAAUAAAUAAGGUGUUGGUAAUAAUUUAAUUAAAAUGAUUGGAAGUGCUCAUAACCAUUCGAGUAACAUACUAGUGGUGUUAUAUUUUUAUUAUUAAAUAAAUAAGAGGAUCAACUUAUUUCAGGAGGACAGGAUCAUAAAAUAAUAGUAUGGAAAGUAGAUUUUAUAUAGAAUGAUCUAACUUUUCUGUAUUCCUUAAAUUAACAUACCAAUUGGGUAAAGUCACUAAGUUUUAAUUAAUCUGAAACUGUAUUGGCAUCAUGUGGUUAACAUGAAUUUAUAAUAUGGGAGAAAGGAUUAUAAGGAAAAUGGGAAUUUAAAUAUAGACAGGAUGUUUUGUAUGGAUAUAAAAUUCAUUUCAUAAAUGAUUAACAAUUUCUUUGGGUAACUCUAGACGAGUACAUGAAUGAUAUUUUGGUAUUUGAAUUAUAGAAUGGAGUUUUUAAAUAGAAUUCAAAUAAGACUAUUUCUUUAAUUAAGAAUAAUGAUUGUCAAGAUGAUAUAUUAUUUCCAGUUUAACAUAAUAAAGAUAGAAAUGUAAUAUUGGUAAGGCACAAACAUCAUAUCUAUUUAAUUAGAUAAUUAAAUGAUGGCACAUUUAAUAUUGUUGCUUCAUUAAAUUCUUAAACCAGAGAGACUUAUGGAACUCUCACCAAUAAUGGCUAAUAUUUAGUAUUUUGGGAUAAUAAGUUUGAAAAAUAUUCCUCAUACGAGAUAUAAUAUAAAUGA